GCUAAAUCGGCGUAAAACGAGUUGAGAACAUUGAAAUAAACCCCUAAACCCUUCUUACCAUAGGGAAGCUGCGCCUCACCAUUGCUGAAAACACACUGGUUUUUCCUCUUUGAUUUCCUGGUAAGUAAAGGCAUUUUUUUGUUUGCUCUGGCUCUGCAUUUGCUCUUGGGACCUCGGUUUCUUUCUCUCUUCCUUCAUUCUUGUUUGCUCCCUUACUUCCUAACGCUUCUUUCUAUCCAUAGAUGACGACGGUGGCGCACAUUUCAUUCGGAUUAUUGCCCAAGGUUACCUUGCUUGGAGAUAGAACGCCAGCAAAAGCUGGAUGCUUCCUACGCAGACGCCGCUCUUCUUCUCUUGUGGUAUUAUCCAUGUCUACCAGCAGCAACAGCGGUGUCCCAAUAAUGGUAAAUAGCUGUAGUGGAAACAUGGGGAAGGCUGUCAUUAAAGCAGCAGAUUCAGCUGGGCUUCAAAUUCUUCCUAUAUCAUUUGGCUCGGAAGAGGAGUCUGGACAUGUUGUAGAGGUUUGUGGCAGAAGUAUUGAGAUUCAUGGCCCUUCCACACGAGAGGCUGCCCUUGCCACUGCCUACAAUGAACAUCCAAAUAUGAUUGUCGUCGACUAUACGAUUCCUGGUGCAGUGAAUGAUAAUGCGGAGACAUAUUGCAAGGUUGGUGUGCCUUUUGUUAUGGGAACCACCGGUGGAGACAGGGAUCGGUUGUACAAGACUGUUGAGGAUUCAAAAAUUUAUGCUGUGAUAUCUCCUCAAAUGGGGAAACAGGUUGUUGCUUUUCUUGAUGCCAUGGAGACUAUGGCUGAACGCUCCCCAGGUGCUUUUUCUGGGUAUAAGCUUCAGGUGAUGGAGUCUCACCAAGCAGGAAAGUUGGAUGUCUCUGGCACUGCUAAGGCUGUGAUAGCUUGCUUCCAGAAAUUGGGGGUGUCUUUCGAUAUGAACGACGUACAAUUGAUUAGAGACCCCAACCAACAAGUUGAGAUGGUAGGAGUUCCCGAGGAGUAUCUGACUGGUCACGCUUUCCACAUGUAUCAUCUGACAUCACCUGAUGAGACAGUUUCCUUUGAGUUUCAACAUAAUGUGUGCGGUAGGUCGAUAUAUGCAGAGGGUACUGUUGAUGCCAUAAUCUUCUUGUCAAAGAAGGUUAUGUUGAAGGCAGAGAAGCGGAUCUACAAUAUGAUUGACGUGCUGAGAGAGGGUAACAUGAGAUAGACUGUUUGGAUAGUGGAAGGGAUAGGUUAGUUAGUGUAGCUUUUCUCUCUGAAGUUUUGAUCUGCAUCAACGAAGAACAGAUGCACCAACGUUGUAAUGUGGAAAUGCAAUUGCAUCCUCAUGAUUUGCGGCUGCGCAGAGCUGUUUCAAGGUUGAAGCUGCAGCAGUCAUGGAGGUAUGGUGAUUUAGACUUUCGAACAUUACAAAUUCAGAAUCUAGAGUCAGAAAGUUGUUAGUUGUGCUUGUGUUGUUUUGGCGAUGGUGAAAUUUCAGGCAAUAAGAUGUUGGAGCUCUGAUCUUUUGCAUUUUUGCCGGGUAUUUUGUUAGUUAAUUGUGAUGUAGUUGAGUGUACAAUAGAAUUGUCAAUUCACAAUGGAGGAAAUCCAGAAACAGUUGAAAUUUGAAGUAUUUCAGUACCAAUCAUUCCUUAAUCCUUAAGUUUGGAUCUUUCAUGAACAAGUCGGUUUAUUUUCUUUGCCACAUGAUGAAUGCUGAUCACAUCCUCAUAAACAACCAACAAGAUGAACAAUGAUGGGAUAUAUACCUCUAGGACAGCUAGAUGUCACCACAAAUUCCAGUUUUUUAGAGACCGUACCCUCCAGGUGGAUCGAGGAUAUCGAAUGUCGAACUCUAAAUCGGUAAAUGAUUUAGCAAUAUAAAACCGUUGAAUUACG